UUUAAGAACCAAGAUGGCGCCGCCUGCCGAGCGUCCCAUGUGCUGUUUCCGGUCAUUGUCGGAAGCGCGAUUCCCACACGCAGCCGACACGGUUGGUGGUUGCCGGAGGUGUGGGGUUUCUUAAAACUGUUCCCUGCGGAGCCCGUCAGCAGCCAACAUGUCUAACAGAAACAAUAACAAGCUGCCCAGUAACCUGCCGCAGUUACAGAAUCUGAUCAAGCGGGAUCCGCCAGCCUACGUCGAGGAGUUUCUACAGCAGUAUAAUCACUACAAAUCCAAUGUGGAGAUUUUCAGAUUACAACCAAAUAAGCCUAGCAAAGAACUGGCAGAGCUGGUGAUGUUUAUGGCACAGAUUGGUCACUGCUAUCCAGAACAUUUAAGUAAUUUUCCUCAAGAGCUGAAAGAUCUUCUCUCCUACAAUCACACUGUCUUGGAUCCAGAUCUUCGAAUGACAUUUUGCAAAGCUUUGAUCUUGCUGAGAAAUAAGAAUCUCAUCAAUCCAUCAAGUUUGCUAGAACUCUUCUUUGAACUUCUGCGUUGCCAUGAUAAGCUUCUGCGAAAGACUUUAUACACACAUAUUGUCACUGAUAUCAAGAAUAUAAAUGCAAAACACAAGAACAAUAAAGUGAAUAUAGUGUUGCAGAAUUUCAUGUACACCAUGUUAAGAGACAGCAAUGCAACUGCAGCCAAAAUAUCUUUGGAUGUAAUGAUUGAACUCUAUAGAAGAAACAUCUGGAAUGAUGCCAAAACUGUCAACGUGAUCACAACCGCAUGUUUCUCUAAGGUCACCAAGAUAUUAGUUGCUGCUUUGACAUUUUUCCUUGGCAAGGAUGAAGAGGAGAAACAGGACAGCGACUCAGAAUCUGAGGAUGAAGGACCAACAGCAAGAGACCUGCUAGUGCAAUAUGCCACAGGGAAGAAAAGCUCCAAACACAAGAAGAGGUUGGAAAAGGCUAUGAAAGUGCUCAAGAAACAAAAAAAGAAGAAAAAACCAGAGGUGUUUAAUUUUUCGGCUAUUCAUUUGAUUCAUGAUCCCCAAGAUUUUGCAGAAAAACUACUAAAGCAGCUAGAGAGCUCUACGGAGAGAUUUGAGGUGAAAAUGAUGCUCAUGAACCUCAUCUCCAGAUUGGUGGGAAUUCACGAGCUUUUUCUCUUCAACUUCUAUCCCUUUGUGCAGAGGUUUCUGCAGCCCCACCAAAGAGAAGUAACAAAGAUCCUUCUGUUUGCUGCCCAAGCAUCUCAUCACUUAGUACCCCCAGAGAUCAUUCAGUCAGUGCUCAUGACUGUGGCCAACAAUUUUGUCACCGACAAGAACUCUGGGGAGGUCAUGACUGUAGGAAUCAAUGCUAUAAAAGAGAUAACAGCUCGAUGUCCUCUGGCCAUGACUGAAGAACUUCUCCAAGACCUGGCUCAAUAUAAAACACACAGAGAUAAGAAUGUGAUGAUGUCUGCUAGAACUUUGAUUCAGCUCUUCCGAACACUGAAUCCUAAGAUGCUGCAGAAGAAAUUCCGGGGUAAGCCUACAGAGGCCUCCAUAGAAGCAAGAAUGCAAGAAUAUGGAGAAUUAGAUGCUAAAGAUUACAUUCCAGGAGCAGAAGUUCUAGAAGUUGAAAAAGAAGAGGAUGCUGAAAACGAUGAAGAGGGGUGGGAAAGUACCAGCCUCAGUGAGGAGGCAGAUGCCGAUGGUGAGUGGGUUGAUGUGCACCACUCUUCUGAUGAAGAACAGCAAGAAAUAACCAAGAAGCUCAACAGCAUGCCCGUGGAGGAGCGGAAAGCCAAAGCCGCAGCCAUUAGCACCAGCCGAGUUUUAACCCAGGAAGACUUCCAGAAAAUCCGCAUGGCCCAAAUGAGGAAAGAACUCGACGCUGCCCCGGGGAAAGCCCAAAAGAGGAAAUACAUUGAAAUCGAUAGUGAUGAGGAGUCCAGGGGUGAGUUACUCUCUCUUCGAGACAUUGAACGCCUUCAUAAGAAGCCAAAGUCUGACAAGGAGACAAGACUGGCAACAGCAAUGGCUGGAAAGACAGACAGAAAAGAAUUUGUGAGGAAGAAAACCAAAAUGAACCCAUUUUCCAGUUCCACAAAUAAAGAGAAGAAAAAACAGAAGAACUUUAUGAUGAUGCGAUACAGCCAUAACGUCCGGUCAAAAAACAAGCGUUCCUUCCGAGAAAAGCAGCUGGCACUACGAGAUGCACUUUUGAAAAAAAGAAAAAGAAUGAAGUAACCUGCAAGCAAAUUUUCCAUUCCAAGAAGAAUGCUAAAUUUGUAUCAUUAUUUUGGAAAUUAAUCAAGAAUGUUUGUUUACAUUAAAAAGUCCUGAAGCACUGUAUUGUGAAAAAGACAGUAAACCUGGUAGCAAUUUAGUGUUUUUGUUUUGGAGAUGGGUAAUGGUGGGAAUGUUUGAAAUGUAACCAGUAGUGGUGUGGUAAAAUCAUUUUUAUUUAGCAUUCUUGAAAAAGAAAAAAAUGUUGGGUGCCUACUAAUUGUCACUGUAGAUAUAAAAGAUGAAUGAGCCAUAACCCCUCACAAAAGGCAUUCACAGCCUGUUUGGGAAAUAGGAGGGGGCCGAUGUGUGUCGUAAGUGUAUUUAUAGUGCAGUGUAAAUAGUUCUCUAUUAGAGAUAGGUCUGUGCUUCUCUGGGGUCAUAGAGGCCUCUGCAGGGCAUGGGAGUUAAACAUUUUCUCUUAAAACAGGACAAUGUUACAAGAGUAAGAGAUUCUUACUUGUAUAUAGGCUUAACCUGCUGAAAACAGGUCCCUGCUGUACAGACUUUUCGUAGCCAAUUUAGCUCUUUUAGUCCAUCCAAAAAAUGUAAGUAUUUUUUUGAAUGCCAGGUACAGGCUUUUUCGUUAAGACCUCGCUUUUUAAAUUGCCUUAAGUAUAAAUAGUAAUCUUGGAGUGUCUUUAGUUUGUCAUUUGGGCCACCAUAGAGGAAAAAGAAAUCAGAUUGGUUUCCUCAGCCUGCCUUCGUGCUGUAGUAUUUUUAGCCCACUGUUUGCUUUGUCUCAAUAAAAGGUUCCUAAUGUCAGGUAGGUACUAUCGUGUGUGUUGAGUGCUGUAUUGGUCUCCCUUCCUUAGGCAUGUUUGAGUAGAUUUCAGGGGACACAGAGCCAUGGUCAGCCUCUGUUUGCAAGUCAUUGCAUUUGGAAAUAGUUUGGUGCCUUUGCCUCAGAUUUCCUAGAUCAUAUUGUGAUAGAUGAGAAAAGUGUUCUAUGAUACUUCAGAAUAAAAGGCAAUUUUCUGCCCACCAGAAAUAGAAAGUAGCUUCUAAAGCUUCUCUUGUUCAUUUUCAGUGUUCACUUUUGGUUUUAUUUGAAACUUUGGGACCUUCCGCAAAGAUGCCUCAGAUUACUGGAUAUUAGUUGUGAAAUCGGAAGUUUAAUGAUUAAGUUGCACUGGCCUGGUGAGAGGAGUUCUCAGAGUCAACUUCAGCAACUUAACAGGAAGUGUCCGAUGCAAAUUUGACAUUUCAGACCUGAAACUUCUUUUUUCUCUCUCUUUUUUUUUGUUUGCAUUUUUGAACCGGGUGUCUCCUUGAGAGAGGCAAAUAAAAUUCAAAACGGCAUAGCAGCUGGGGUCCACAGCUUUGCUGCAUGACUUGUGAUGGUACCUGGAAGUGUCAUCCAUCCUUUCCCUGGACCUUUGUACCCCAUUUAGAGGCCAGGGGGCCAAAGUCCAUUCUGUGCUCAGACUUCUGUGGCUUCACCCUGCUCUUAACUGAGGUUUAUAUGCAAGAUAGAAAAAUAUCUAGUUUAAAAAGGUGAAAGUCUUAACUCUUAUUUCUUAAUUGCAUAGUACCUUAAUUCUACCCAAUUCCUUUUGUUACUUUAUAAAUCUUCUCUUGAGAAUAUGUUCUGUAAACCUGAAGAUCAAAGGUUGGAUGCUGUCAGCAAAGGGCAGAGUGAUCUUUCAGGGUCCCUUUUACCUUGAAGACGUCAUCAGAGUCUGAGCUUCAACUUUUCAGUCUCUGUUUUUUGUCAGUCCUGAGGAUGGAUCCAUUUCAGGGAUGAACUCCCAUUUCCAUAUAAAAUGAUGUAUAAAUCUAGAAUGCUGAUAACAUCAUGUAUGUGAUCUCAGCAAGUUCCACAAAAGGCAGAGUCUGUUCUCUGCUAUAUCACUAAUGCUCAUCGGUGCCCAGGAUGUUAGGUGCCUAGCAAGUAUUUGAAUACGCGAUUUAUUCCCUGCCAGUUCUCUCUCUCUAAAUAUAAUACCAUCUACCUCAUUGGUUGUUUUGCAAAUUUUGACUGUUAUAAUAAGCACUUACCAUGAUAUUUGCCACAAAGUAAGCAUUCAGUAAAUUUCACAUCAAAGAUUAGUAUCUGUUUCUAUUUUAUAUUUUGUUUAAUCUUUGUGAAAUGAAACAAUUAGAGUUGCUACAAAUAUUUGUUUUACCCCUCCUCCAUUCUGGGGGAAUUAGUUUGAAAUAUAAAAAUGUAUAUUGAAUGCUCAAUGUGUGGGUUGCAAACACAAUGUUUGUGUCAUAUGGAAACCUUCAAUACAAUGAAGAAAAUAGGCUUACAAAAUGACAAUACAAGGCUGCAUAUGGAGCUAUCAGAAAAAGCACAGCAUAGGGCUGAGAGCAUCCUAAAAAGAGGGAAGUUCAGCUGGCAGGAGGGUGAAAUGGCUAUUAGCUAACAAACUGAUGCUUAUGAUGAACUGGAAAGGCAGUAGGAACUAUUCCUGAAUCAUACAAGUUAUGGUUUAAAAGGUGGUAUAAUUUCUUAGAAGUUAUGUAUAAAUUUUGUUUUCAUUACCUCAUAUUCUAAUUCUUUGAAAAUUUGUAAUCUAUUUAAAUUGUCACAUGGCAGCUCAGAAUUAAUCAGAAUGUUUAAUUGGAAUAUUCUGUUCUUUAGAUAAACACAUUUUAAAAUGUGUUACCAGGAAUAAUACAGUUCUACCAAAUGACAUCCUUUCAUUGUAUAAAAAUUAAAACUAAAAAUUGUUUUCUUAAUUGUAUUUUAUGAGAUUUUAAAAGAUCUUGAAAGUGAAUAGAGAAGUAAGGCACUGACAUGGAGCUUUUUCUCAUUUAUAAGGAAAUAAAAUUCUCUCCUAGUACAGUC